AUGUCCCUCCAUGAGAAAAUGUCCACAGCAGAUCUGAUGGAAAAUCUCAGGGAAGAGCUGACCUGUUUCAUCUGCUUGGACUACUUUACCAGCCCGGUAACCACCGAGUGUGGGCACAGCUUUUGCCUGGUGUGUCUUCUCAGGAGCUGGGAUGAACACAAUACUCCCUUAUCUUGUCCUGAGUGCUGGAGGACCUUGGAGAUCCCACAUUUCCAGCCCAAUGAGCGCCUGGGCAGGCUGGCUGGCAUCGGCAGGCAACUCAGAUCCCACAUGCUGCAGAGUGAGGAUGAGCAAGGCAGCUAUGGGAGAAUGCUGGCAGCCACUAAAGUGUUCUCUGAUGAUGAGCAGAGUCUAAACUCUUUCUCAACCCAAAGUCAUGGAAUAAACAGACUGUAUCUCUCGAAUCAGGCUGAGAACCAACACAAAAGGAAACUUCAGGAAGUCCUGAAUAUUUUGCGUAAAAAGAAAAGGGAAGCGCAGACUAUAUUAACACAUGAAAAGGAAAGGGUGAUAUUGUGUAAGGAAGAGACGAAGAAUUGUAAGCAGGUUGUUGCGUCAGAAUAUAUGAAAAUGUAUCAGUUCCUGAAGGAGGAGGAGCAGCUACAACUCCAACUACUAGAAAAGGAAGAAAGAGAGAACCUGAAGAAACUGAGGGACAAUGAGAUCCAGCUGACACAGCAAAUCAGAAGCCUAAGCAAAAUGAUUGAACAGAUAGAGUCCAAGUGUCAGAAUUCAAUUAUGGAAUCUUUCGAGGAUGUGAGAGGAACACUGGAAAGGAGUGAACCACUCUUGCUUCAGUCUCCAGAGGCCACCACCACGGAGCUGAGUCUGUGCCAUGUCACUGGAAUGAAGGAGAUGCUACGAAAAUUCAGGACCGAUGUAACUCUGGAUCCAGCCACAGCCAAUGCCUACCUAGUCUUGUCUGAGGAUCUGAAAAGUGUGAGACAUGGAGGAAUCAGACAACAGUUACCUGACAACCCAGAGAGAUUUGACCAGUCUGCAACUGUGUUGGGUUCUCAGAUCUUCACCUGUGGAAGGCACUACUGGGAGGUGGAAGUGGGAAACAAGACUGAGUGGGAAGUGGGCAUUUGCAGGGACUCAGUUUGCAGAAAGGGAAACCUCCCCAAGCCAUCUGGGGACCUUUUCUCACUCAUAGGUUUAAAAAUUGGAGAGGAUUAUAGUCUUUGGGUCUCAUCACCUCUAAAAGGCCAACAUGUGAGAGAGCCUGUGCAUAGGGUUGGUGUUUUCUUAGACUACGAAUCUGGACAUAUUGCAUUUUACAAUGUGACAGAUGAGUCACUUAUCUACUGUUUCCCUCCAACCUCUUUUGAAGGUGCUCUCAGGCCUAUCUUUUCUCCUUGCCUCCCAAAUGAAGGGACGAACACAGGCCCUCUUACCAUCUGUUCGUAG